UGUUCAGUCUAUCCCACGUCUCAUCCAUGGUUUAACAUUGUUUGGUUUCCUUUCGAAAAUGGCCGCCGUGUUGGACGAAGUCGGCAAAUCUGCCGAAAAAUUAGUAGAUGAUGUAAAAGACGAAAUCGUCGACGAAGGGAAUGAAACUGGUGCAGUAGAAGCAUCGAAGAAAAGCAAAAAGAAGAAAAAGAAGAAGAAAGCUGGAGCUGGUGAAGCCAGUGCAGAUGUCCCUGAAGGAGGAGAAGAGGAUAAUGUGAAGGAAAAUGUUGCAGUUGUGGAAGCUACUCCAGAAACUGUUCCGGAAGGUGCUACAGAAGUCGCAGAAAAUGACGGUGAAGUGGAGGAGACGAAGAAGAAGAAGAAGAAGCGCAAGCCACGCGGCAAAGGAGGAGUGAAACAGCAAACAGAUCCUCCGACUGUUCCAGUGGCAGAGCUAUUCCCUGAUGGGAAUUUCCCAGAGGGACAAAUAAUGGAGCAUCCUCCUGCGGCAGGAGUAGAUGACAGAAUGGCAAAGGAGCGCUUUAAUAGCGAAGAAGCGCGUGCAUUCGAUAGAAUGAAUAAUGAUAUCUACAAUGAGGCCAGACAGGCGGCUGAAGCCCACAGGCAAACAAGAAAGCACAUUAUGAACUGGAUUAAACCUGGGAUGACAAUGAUAGAGAUCUGUAACGAACUCGAAGACACAGCUAGGAAACUGAUCGGGGAGAAUGGUCUAAAAGCUGGACUUGCUUUUCCGACCGGCUGCUCCAGAAACCACUGCGCAGCUCACUAUACACCGAACAGCGGUGACCCGACCGUUUUGGAAUACGACGAUGUUACCAAGAUUGAUUUUGGAACACACAUAAACGGCAGGAUCAUCGAUUGCGCGUUCACCGUCACGUUCAAUCCGAAAUAUGACAAAUUGAUCGAAGCGGUUCGCGACGCUACGAACACUGGAAUUCAGGCAGCUGGUAUAGAUGUCCAACUUUGUGACGUCGGUGCUGCUAUCCAGGAAGUUAUGGAGUCGUAUGAAAUCGAUUUGAAUGGCAAAACUCAUCAGAUAAAAUCGAUCAGGAAUCUCAACGGACACUCGAUUGCCCCGUAUUGCAUCCAUUCUGGUAAGACAGUGCCUAUAGUUAGGGGUGGCGAGGCCACAAGAAUGGAAGAGAACGAGUUUUAUGCUAUCGAAACGUUUGGAUCUACUGGAAAAGGAAUCGUGCACGACGACAUGGACUGUUCCCAUUACAUGAAGAGUUUUGACGCUUGUUUUGUACCACUGAGAUUACGGAGCAGCAAGUCUCUGUUGAACACUAUCAACAAACAUUUCAGUACUCUGGCUUUCUGCAAACGGUGGCUGGACCGUGUUGGCUGCACCAAGUACCAAAUGGCGCUUAAGGAUUUAUGCGACAAGGGUGCAGUCGACGCGUACCCGCCGUUGGUCGAAGCCAAAGGCGUCUACACCGCUCAGUUCGAGCACACCUUGGUCUUACGUCCGACGUGUAAAGAAGUUAUUUCACGCGGAGACGACUAUUAAAAAGCAUUUGUUGUGUAUUCUACCGCGUCGCGUACACGCACCCACGGUCUAGGAAUGUACAACAUUGGUCUCUGUGUAAAAUCACUUAACGAUAAAUGUUUACGAUUAAUAACGCGAACUUUUUAAUUACACCUAACGGUACUCUUUGUUAUCGGUUCUAUUUUGCAACGCAAACAUUUCUCACAGUACACCCACGUUUCUUUUUUCAUUGGAACAAGCGUCGUGGGCCGACGGGUUCCGUCGAACCCGCCCGAUCCCCAUGGAAUAAGUGAAAAUGAAAGGAAUACUGUUGAUGUUGAAUAAAAUAUAUUUGAUACUUCAAUUAUACCGAUGCGAUGAUAGUCCUAAACACGAUUAACUCGCGUAGACCGCAGACAGAACUUCUGCGUCUAAGGCUUUUCGGAUACGCGAGAAUUUUCCAUGCUGUGUGCGCAAAUUCAAUGACUAUACCAAGCGAUUCGGCAACGCUGUACCGUAUUAUACUGUGCAAAGACGGGGUUGGGUGGGGAUGUCAUCCCUCUUCGAAUUUCAGCCAAUGACGCGACACUCGCCCGAUAACCAAUCGGAUUCAUAAUCUAGCGCCUAAUAAGUUUUUCCGUCUUUGCACAGUACACAUCUGCGAGUUAUACUUCACUCGUUGGCUAUCAAAAUGAAAGUACAACGCACACACAGGGUGCAAAACGCUCGCCUAACGCGAUCACGGUAAGAUUCGAGUGUAAACAGGGGUGCACUCGUUCACGCUACAGAUCCGUGAGGUUUUAUGUUACGAUAAUAAACAGCUUUUUAUUACGUUCUCAGAAGAAUUUUAACAGAAUCGAAUACACUUUUGACGCACUGUAAUCAAUAGAGGAAUCGCUAGACUCGGAUCAACGAUCACGUUCCUACAGUACUGAUCGCUGUCAAUCUCGAAACUGUGUCGCGUAACAAUAUAUGUUUUAUUCCUUUCCUGAACUAUGAACACUGUAGUGUAAUAAAUGUUGCUACGUCGCGUA